AUGCGAGUAUUCACCCGCCUUCUAGCUGCGCCAGUCACCAUUGGCUCCAAAGCGAGCCUCAACACCGAGCCUCUUGCCCUCCUCCCUCCAAUCCCGCUCUACCGACGCCUGCUCCGGGUGCAUCGCAAAAAGCUUCCGGUAGAGAUGCGUCUGCUUGGAGAUGAAUAUGUCAAGAGCGAGUUUAGAGCGCAUCGCAAUAUCGACAAUCCAAUUCACAUUGUUGGCUUCCUCACAGAAUGGCAACUCUAUGCACAGCAGUUAGAAGGUGAUUCGUGGCAGGGCAACAAAUUAGACAAGGCCAAGCUUGAUAAGAUGAGUGACCAGCAAAUCGGCCAGUUGUACGAACUCAUGCAAGCUAUUCACAAUAAGUCUGAGGGAAGUGGAGAGCAAGAAUAA